AUGCAACUGGAGACAGUCAUCACGCACUUCUUCAGCGGGACCGUCGCCGGCGUCACGGGCGCCAUCGUCGGCUACCCGCUCGACACGGUCAAGUCGCGCAUCCAGACGCAGAUGCACGGCGGCGCGUCGGCGUCGCCACUGCAGUGUCUUGUGCAGUCGGUGCGCUCGGAGGGCUUCCUCUCACUCUACCGCGGUGCGUCAUCGCAGGUUGCUCGGUCCGCGAUUGGGUGCUCGUUCCUCUUUGGCCUCAUGGCGCAGUUCAAGUACAUCUUCUACACGCCUUCGGCCGGCGAUGGGUCGCCUGAGAAGCACCCAAAGCUCGUGCUCACGGCGGCGGCGUCUUGCACGGGUCUCGUCGAGGCCAUGCUCUACACCCCGUUUGAGAUUACGAUGAUCCGCAUGCAGACGCAAGCGACGAGCCAAGUGACGACGCUGCAGCAAGCCCGCCAGAUCUUUGCCUCGUACGGCCUUCGCAACGGUCUCUACCGUGGCUUUGUGCCCACAUGCUAUCGCGAGAUGAUUGGCAACACGUCGUACUUCUUCACGUACGAGAAGGCCAAGGGCGUGCUGCAGUCCCAAACGAUCCUGCGGCGGCCGCUCACCGACCUCGAAGUUUACGGCUACUCGGGCGCCGUCGCAGGUCUCAUGUACUGGUGCAUCAGCUUUCCGCUCGACACGAUCAAGUCGGUGAUCCAGGCCGACGCGCUCGACCCGCGUGUGCGCAAGUACCGCGGGUUCCACGACUGCGUGCUCAAGCUCUAUGCGGAAGAUGGCGUCCGCCGCUUCUUUAGAGGCCUUAGCCCGUGCUUGGUCCGUGCGAUGCCAGUGAACGCCGUCCAGUUCAUCUCGUUUGAGAAGAGCGUGGACCUCCUCAUGCCGCUUUGGCCCGUCCGGCAAGAGACCUAG